UACGGGAGGGAACUUGGUCGCUAUUGGGCUAGCGGGUUCUUUGGGUAUGGAGGAGGGACUAUGAUGUCAAAUAAGGGUGGGGCUAGAAUAAGGGGUUAUAAAUGGUAGCGCCCCCGCCAUUUCACUCACAACUUACUGGCUUCUGUGUGGGAUUAUGUAGAAUUUGUUUUGCUCCAUGUUAAAACUGUUUAAAUUUUUGUCUGUAACAUUUAUAAUAUUCGGACGUCAUAUUAGUACUCUUAUAGUGCGAGUGAUUACGUCAUUUAAGGAGCUAACUACAAAGUAAAACACUUAUUGUUAUAUUAACGUACGGAAGCGAUAAUCUGUUUAUUAGUCAGCAGUUUAACCCUCCGACUGCCAUAAAAUGCUGAGGCGCAUUGCCUAAAUGUACUGCAGAUCUGAUACAGUAAAACCUGUAAUUUUCUUGAAAAUACAUUGUGCUAGAAUUCGGUGUGACAGUAAAGGAAUUACGCAGACUCAGCACUCUCACUCUUGAAAUACAUGCCCCCUCCUUUGCUUAUAAAUAAUUAAUAAUGCUUUCUCCCCCCAGGUUGCACUUCUUUAAUGGGCAGUUGUGGCAUCACCGAAGAAGAAGAGGAAAAAAAAACACAACAUAGAAGGGGGCGUGGCUGAUUAGAAGAGGGAGGGUCACCAACUGAGGAAAGGGAUUUCUCUUGGUAUAGAGGGGGCAGCUAGUAAAGUGAAAGUUAUCCAUCUAUUUUUGACAAAAUAUUUUUUUCUGUAUUGUUAGGCAUUUACAUAGCUGUUGAAGUUAUCAUUUUGUAAUUUAUAUUUACAUAGGUUCCUUGUAGUUUAAAUCUAAAUAUGGACCAACAUCCUAGGGCAUAGUCUCUACAGAGUCAGGGCUUUGCUGCAAAGCCACUUUACCUUUUUGAGUAGCAUCCUACCUUUAAUGAUGUCCUCUUUAUUGAAUGGAAAAUUUUGGGUAUUAAACCAAUUGAACUGGGUUUUAAAAUAAGCCUAUUUACCCAGUUAGACCCUAGUAGAGUUUACAAGGUAUUUGGAAAGUUGUUCCGAAAUUGUAACUAGGUCUUUUACAAGCAGUAUUUAAGAUCUAGAUUAAAGGGUUUUAUAAUUUAAAGCCAACUAGGCUUGUGAUCUAUAAUUUGAUGGUGAGAGGGAAAUUGUAGCUUUUACCCUGUCCAUAAUUUGAACACCGGAUACCUUUUUUUUGUUCUGAUGCUUUCCAUUUUUAUUGCCCUGAAUUUAUUAUUUUUAUUUGCACCUCAGCCAUCUUUUGGUUCCAUAUAGAUGCACCCAUGCAGGUUCUUGUAGAAAUGUCUUCCUCCUCUGACACCAUACAGCCUGUAGAGGUGGCUGGAGAUGAUUGUGAAAAGACUUUCCUGGCCCCACUCCCGAUCUCUGCUCCCAAAACAGACGUAGAAUUUAAAAACCCAAAGGAAGGGAGUGAACAGCUGCUCCCACCACGAGCACCUCGAAAUGGCUUUCAGGGAAAGAGGCGAAACAGUUUCAACAUUGGAUUUAAGCAUCCAGCCCCAUACAAGCGUCGGAGACGGGUCAACUCUGACUGUGACCCUGUCCUACCUUCCAACUUUCUUCUAGGUGGUAACAUUUUUGACCCUCUCAACCUUAACAGCUUACUAGAUGAGGAUGUCAACCUUGCCCUCAAUGCAGAAACUCCCAAGUCCUCACCUUUGCCAUCUAGGAACAGAGAUCCAGUUGAGAUCUUAAUUCCUAAGGACAUAACAGACCCACUGAGCCUCAAUACUGGUUCUGCAGAUGUAGAACUAAUGCUUUCACCACUCAAAAGUGGCAGGAAAAGGCACAGACAUCGCCACCACCAAUCUAUUGAAAUAGUUGCUAAGGCUCCCUCUAUUGGCCAAGAAGUAGAGUCAACCCCUGAGGAACCACGGCCAUAUGAACUCAACACAGUCAUAAAUUGCGGGAUGAUGGUUGUAGCUUUGCCAUCAUUAGAGACUGAGACAGCAGUGGCUCCAGCUAGUGCAUCUGUUUCUCUAAGUUCUCGGCACCGUAAAAGGAGGAGGACUUCUAGUAAAUCCGAAGGGAAACCAGGUAGCCCAGAUAGGGGUGGUGUGGGGGGCAGUUCUACAACUAAGACACAAUGUGGAUCAGCAUCUUCUAGGGUUUCAUGCUCAAACACAGAGUCUGCAGCCCAUGGCAAGCCGAAGAACCGCUUUCAGUAUGGCAACUAUUGUAGAUAUUAUGGUUACCGGAACCCAUGUCAGUCAGAGGACCCUCGUCUGCGGGUGCUGAGGCCCGAGUGGUUCAAGGAAAAGGCAGUGCUAGAUAUUGGCUGCAAUGUUGGUCACUUAACUCUUUGUGUGGCCCGGAACCUAAGUCCCUUCCGAGUGGUAGGGCUGGACAUAGAUGGAGCAUUAGUGAACGCAGCACGACAGAACAUCAGACACUACCUCUCAGAGAGCAUAAAAGAAGAAUGUGGUGGUGGAUUUCCUGCAUCUUUGGUUGUCACACGAGGUCCAAUAGCAGCUCCCCUCCUCCCUCAACAGGAAGAAAAAGAAAGGAAGAAUCCUCUCUUUCCACAUAAUGUGGUAUUUGUUAAGGGUAAUUACGUGGUUGAUCGAGAUGAGUUAGUAGAGGCUCAGCGUACGGAAUAUGACGUCAUCCUAUGUCUUAGUGUCACUAAGUGGGUUCAUUUGAACUGGGGGGAUGAUGGACUAAAGAGGAUGUUCAGGAGAAUUUACAAACACCUUAACCCAGGAGGAAUACUGAUCUUGGAGCCACAACCAUUUUCAUCAUAUGGAAAGAGGAAGAAGUUAACUGAAAACAUUUCCAAGAAUUUCGGUAGGAUAUCUUUUAAACCGAACCAGUUCACCUCAUAUCUUCUUUCUUCUGAAGUUGGAUUUUCUAGUCAUGAGCUUCUGGCAACUCCACAUGCACAAUCUAAGGGUUUUCAGAGGCCAAUCUACGCUUUCUUUAAGAGUGGAGAAAAGAUACCAGUUCAGCCCUCCAGCACAGCCUCACUUUCGAGUCAAGAGAAAUAGCUGUUGUCCUUCCACUUUAUUUUUUUUUAUUUUUUUUCUCCUGCAAAGUUCUUUAUUUUUUAAGAUUAUUUUUUCUUUGUUUCAUAAUGUCACUUGCACCAGGAACCUUUCCAAAAUAUAAGCUGUUAUUUUGAA